AGGACAGACGCUCCUCCUGCGAUCAGACUCGAGCUCAACCAACAGGAUGCUUCGCUGUCGUGAUUAUGGAUUUACUUUCUUAUUGUCAUCUCAUUUCUGUCUACACAGUUCUGGCUUCCUCGCUGCUUGUGAAACAUGGUGCACUCCCUGCUAAGCUACCUCUAACUGUGGACCGGUGCUCUCCAAACCCGUGCCAAAACCAGGCGAUAUGCAGAAUCCGUGAGGACGGCUACUCCUGCUUCUGUGUGCCGGGUUUCCAGGGGGCUCAGUGUCAGAUUGAUGUGAACGAGUGUGCUUCCCAACCCUGCAAGAACUCGGGUACCUGUGUGGACGGCGUGGGCAGAUUCUCCUGUCUGUGUCCUCCUGGAUUCACCGGAAUCACUUGUGGGAUCCAGAUUGAUGAGUGUCAAUCACUGCCAUGUCGCCAUGGUAGCAGUUGCCAUAGCUAUUCAGGGGGCUUCACUUGCACCUGCCUCCCUGGUUUCCAAGGACACCAGUGUGAGAUAAACAUUGAUGAGUGCCAAGAGGAGCCGUGCCAAAAUGGGGCUCUGUGUAUAGACGGGGUGAAUGGGUACAGCUGUGACUGCUCACACACAGCCUUCACUGGCCGACACUGUGAAACACCGCUACCACCGUGUUACUCCCAACCCUGCUUUAACAGUGCCAUCUGUAAGGACGACCAGGGGAACUACACCUGCCAGUGCUGGCCUGGGUUUGCGGGGCGUCACUGCGAGCUGGACAUCAGCGAGUGCAGCAGCAGUCCCUGCAUGCACGGUGGCAGGUGCAUUGAGAAGUCCUGGCAGGCCUUGUAUGGCAGUGAACCUCUGCUGCCUAAAGUGUAUGACCAGCAACAGGCGGCAGGAUUCAUCUGCAGCUGCCCUCAAGGAACUACAGGUUCCUUCUGCCAGGAGGUGAUAAACCACUGCGAGCCCGAUCCCUGCCAGAAUGAGGGCAGAUGUGAGAACCACGCUGGCGGCUACAUUUGCAGCUGCCUCGAACGGAGCGAUGACGGCAUCCUCUACGGAGGUGUGAACUGUCAUGUGAAGCUGGUCGGCUGCGAGGGCCACGAAUGCCAGAACCGAGGCUCCUGCUCCCCUUUCCUGUUGGACGGCACUCACGGAUACACGUGCGCUUGCGCGUCGGGGUACACCGGACCGCUCUGCGAGACCCCGACCACGUUUUCCUUCGAGCGAAGGGGUUACCUGCUCCUGCACAGUCCCCUGGUGGAAGCCGACGUGACCUGCAACGUCACCUUGACCUUCAAGACUGUUCUCCCCGCAGCGCUGCUGUUCCAGCGGAGCACCGGGGGGCUGCUGCUUAGCCUGGAGCUGCAGGGAGGACGGCUCCAGCUCAGCCUGAGGACGGAGGAUGGAAACUCAAGCCAAGUCCUGGAUCUCCCACACAACGUCACAGAUGGAGAGUGGCAUUCUGUCGAGGCCGUGCUUGCAAACUGGGUACUGAGCCUUAAACUACUGAACGAUGCCGGGAGCUGCGCGAGCCAGUCGUGCCACAAUGUGGCCCCGGUCCAAAGCACGCUGGUCGGGCUCGUUUCAUCUCCUCAGAACACUUUUAUUGGGGGAGUAAUUCAGGACCCAAGUGACCCCAGUGAGUACCCUGCACCUCCUGCAUUCAUCGGAUGCAUGCGGGAUGUCUUUGUGGACUGGCAGCUUGUCGUUCCUGAAGCGUGGCUGAGCGACUCUGCUGUUAAUGUGUCUCCCGGCUGCAGCCACAGGGACCGCUGCACGGACGGACCGUGCCAAAACAGAGGAAGUUGUGUAAACCUUUGGCAGAGCUACCGUUGCCAGUGUCCAAGGCCUUACGAGGGGCACGACUGCGAGGAGGAGCACGUGACGGCUCGCUUUGGGGACGAGGACUCCCACAGUUACGCAGCCUUCAGCAUCACUGAGGACCUGGGUCAGAACCUCUCCAUCUCCCUCUUCCUGCGCACACGGAGACAGGGCGGCCUCCUCCUGGUCCUGGCCAGCGGCAGCGGGCCGUACCUGCACCUGCGGCUGGAGGACGGCCGGGUGGCGGCUCAGCUGGACUCCUCCGAGAGCCUGAGGGCGGACAGAGCCGUCAACGACGGAGAAGUCCACUUCGUGAGCGUAGAGGUGGCGGACGGUCAGAUGAGCCUGCACGUGGCGGGUCAGAAGCAGGGUGAUGUGGAGGUUAGGACGGUGGAGGCCCAAGCGGGCGACACCGUGUAUGUGGGGGGUCUGCUGGAGGAGGAAAGCACCUCAGAGUUUGGGGGAUAUUUCAAGGGCUGCAUCCAGGACCUGAGGGUCAGCGACAGGAGGCUGCAGUUCUUUGGGCUGGACACUUCAGUGAGGUCGUAUCCUCUUGAGCUCAUGGAGAAUGUGACCGCCGGCUGCUCUGGAGACAACACUUGCAGCAGGAAUCCGUGUCUAAAUGGGGGGAUGUGCUUCUCCAAAUGGGACGACUUCACCUGCUCCUGCCCCCCCAGCACUGGGGGACGGCGCUGCGAGCAGGUGAAGUGGUGCGAGCUGUCGCCUUGCCCCGCGGACGCAGAGUGCAGGAUGCUGCAGCAGGGAUACGAGUGUUAUUCCAACGCCACCUUCCUGAACGACAGCACCGUGCUGUCCUACCAGGGAAACGGCCACAUCUCCCGCAACCUGUCCAGCCUCUCCCUGACUCUGCGGACCAGGAAGCGCAACGCGGCCGUGCUGCACGCGGAGAAGGACACGUCCUUCCUCACGGUCUCCGUGCAGGACGGCCUGCUCUUCAUGGAGCUGCAGAGCAGCUCGGCCGAGGACGGAGACGUGGGCGACGGCCCGGAGGGAGGGGAAGGCGUGUCGGUGGUCAGCCUCAGCAGCAAGGGCAGCGUCAACGACGGCGAGUGGCACAGCGUCCACCUGUUCAUGACGGCGCCCUGGGCCCCGGCCUCACCCUGGACGCUGUUGCUGGACGACGACGUAGACGAUGCCGCCAUCUCCAGGAGAGAAGGGGGAAACCUGAACUUCCUCCGGCGGGACGUGAACAUCUUCCUGGGGGGCCUGGCCCCCGACGCCGGCUGGUCCCUGGCCGGGUGUCUGGGCACCGUGGAGCUGGGCGGCAUCGCCCUGCCGUACGUCGGCCCCUCCGAGGUGAACCUGCCGCGGCUGCAGGAGGAGCAGUUCGUGCAGACGUCCCCGGAGCCGCCGCUGCUGGGCUGCAGCGGGGCCUCGGUGUGCGAGCCCAACCCGUGCCUGAACGCGGGCGAGUGCCAGGACCUGUUCAACACCUACAACUGCAGCUGCGCCGAGGGCUGGGCCGGCCGGCGCUGCGGCGUCCUCACCGACACCUGCGCCUCCAGCCCCUGCGUGCACGGCAACUGCAGCGUCCACGGCCUCACCUACGAGUGCAGCUGCGAGUCCGGAUACACGGGCGCGGACUGCGAGGAGGAGGUGGACAUGUGCGACAGACACCUGUGCGCCAACGGAGGCACCUGUCUGCAGGGCCCGGACAGGUACGCCUGCCUCUGCCCCGAGAACUACACCGGACCCUUCUGCAACGAACGCAUUGAAGAAGUUCCAUGGUACAUCGCUGUACACAAAAAUGCACGACCCAAGCUGCCCGUUUCUGUGUGCGGCGACGACACCAGAAACUACACCUGCUUCAACGGAGGCAACUGCACUGACCGGGACCUGACCUGCGACUGUCGGCCGGGCUUCACCGGCCACCGGUGCGAGCAGGAGCUGGACGAGUGCAGGUCCAACCCCUGUCUGAACGGAGGCUACUGCCGCAACCUCAUCAACAAGUUCCACUGCGUGUGCGACAUGAGCUACGCUGGAGAAACGUGCCAGACGGACCUGACCGAGGAGGGCCUGACCUCCGACUACUGGCUGUCCGUGGGUCUGGGGUCCGUGGUCCUGCUGCUGCUCCUGGUCCUGGCCGCCGCCGGCCUGGUGCUGGCGCUGGGCCGGCGCGCCACGCACGGCACCUACAGCCCCAGCCGGCAGGAGAAGGACGGCUCGCGGGUGGAGAUGUGGAGCAUCACGCAGCCGCCGCCCAUGGAGAGGCUGAUAUGAGCUCUGGACCUGCUCUGUGAGGCUCCUACACAUCUGGAAGAGAUCUGGUGACGCCAUGAACAGCUGUGCAGGUGAGAGCUUCACCUAGCUGAAACACGGCGCAGGUGAAGCCGGUUACCUGGGUGUUGGUGCUGGAAGAAAACACCAACUCUGGCUGGAUCAAAGUGAAAACCACGCAGGGUCACAGUCACCACGGGCAUCUUAUACAAACUUCCAUGCAAGACAGUUGGUUUAAUCAAGUUUGCAUCCAGAUGGCAGAAUAUAGAUUUAAAUUCAGGAAAUGUUCAUUUGUGUGUAUUUAUUUCAGGAAAAAAGCCCAUCUGACUGUGUACUGAACAUCACUGUGCCAAACGCUGCUGCCAGAAUUGAUUUAUUGUCUUUUUCGGUGAAUGUCUUGGCUGUUUUUCCUGCGCUGGCUCCUGACUGACAAUAACGUCCUUCAGCAGGCACAUUUCAGGAUCAGCUGCUAGACGGGGAUUUGAUAGAAGAAUAAACUCUUUAUGCUCUGCAUUUUUUUAAAGUUUUUGUGUGUAAAUACUGCUUUGACUUUUCUUUUUCUCAGCUUUUUUAUUUCCUUAAAUCUUGAAU